AUGUGGUGGUUAUUCAGGGCGCUAUUCAGCUCUAUCUUUCUGCUCAGCAUCGUCCUCUCCAUCCCCGUCGCUUUCGAUGUCGGCGGUCGCGAUAGUGGGCUGGCUUACAGUCUAGCCCUGUUCCUCUUCUACUUUACAUAUUCCAGCCUCGAGCUUUUGACGCCAGAAAAGUCACGCUCGCGGUAUUUCCUUUCUGGAUUUCUACGAUUGUCGCAGUGGAUCAUCGUCCCCGCCCUCCUCAUCUGGGCGCUGGGACAGUUCGCUGUCGAUGCCGACAACACAAAUUGGGUGGAGCGGACAGUGGGUGGUCUGUUCAACUCCAAGAGCACAAGCUGGAGGGAAUGGAUGUUUGGCAAGGACGGCUUGGUUGAGACGAUCACGCUGGGUGGGUGGGAUAACCUGCUACGGUAUUCGGGGCCCGUGUUCCAGCUUCUGGAGGGCUUCUGUACCUUGCUGGUCAUCCAGGCAGCGGGGCAGCUCACAAGAUGGCUUGUCAACCGUGGAAGAAGCGAUACCUGGUUGAUCGUUCUUCUGGUUCUCUCCAGCUCCAUCAUGGCUAGCGCCGUAUACUUCCUUUGGAGGGUAGCACAAUUCCCUCAAAUCGGCAACCUUGAUGCUACCCUUAUUGGCAUCGCGAUGACAACUGCCGUGUUCCUGUGCGCUUUUGGCAUCGGCAGUGGUCGCGGCAAUCCUAUUGAGUCGUCACUUCUGUUUGCCUAUAUUGUACUCUGCAUCUACCAGAUCUUCACCGAUUAUCUGCCAUCAGAAAAUGCAGAUCAUACGCAAGAUCACGAUGGCUCAGAGUCUGAUAUUCCACCUUUACCGCCUGUCAUCAUGGCAUCUUACUCGACUUUCCUCCACAUGCUGGGCUCAUUGCCAUCCGCUGUUCACUCGUCAUUGGCGCUACUAUAUGCCGCCUUCCAGACUAUCACGCCAUCAGUCAUCAUUUCGCUAACAUACCGCUCUUUGGUAUUCUACUGCGCUACACGUAUCAUCCCCUCAAUCCGCGAGUCGGGUGCGCAAGCCAUGAUGCAAGAACCAGAUUGGGAGGACUCUGAGACUGCAAGUAAAUUCUUGGGAUUCCUCAGCUGGUUCUCCCCGUCAAUUUUAAUAGCAGUCUACACCAGUCUGCUCUUACAGCAUUUCUCCACCAGUGACGGCCCAGAUGGCUGGACUCUCCGAGGUGGUGAUGUUGAGGGCAGUAACUGGCAGUGGGCCAACAUCGGUCUGACAAUGGUUUUGUACGGUGUCGAGCUCUAUCUGGGCUCUGACGAGCAUGAUCACUGGAAGGUUGAUUAA